GUGUGUGUGUGUGUGUGUGUGUGUGAGCCGAGCUAUGCUGGGUGGGGUUUGAUGUUAACUUGUGUUUGAUGUUAACUCGAGUCACUUUAUCCUCACACAAGGUUUGUAACGUAUGCGGCGGAUCACUUUGGAUAACAUUGAAACUAACAGAUGACAGGACGUGCGAACCGGUUAGAAAGUUAGAAACAACAAUGGUGGACGCGGAGCUGGUGAAGAAGAUGCUCCGGGAGGUCCUUCAGGCGAACCCGGCCGGGGUGUCCCUGUCCCGCCUGACGGCCCAGUACAAGGCCCUGACCCAGGAGCACAUACCCCACAGGCUGCUGGGCCAUGACCAGCUGGAGGGCCUGCUGGCCAGCAUGCCCUCUGUCGUGCGGACCGAGCGCCCCCGUGGAGGAGAGACGGCGUACUUUGCGGCGGCCAGCGGAGAGACCAAGGUGGCCAAGGUGGUGGCCCGACAGCGAAGCUCCAAGAGGACGGGCCCCGCCCACCUGGUCAACACCCAGAUGAGGGUGAAGCCCGCCGUGCCGCUCAUCCUCAACGGUAGGCCUCCGUCAGCACGGCGCUCGGGGGUUGUCUUUAGAAGGAAAGUGAAGAAGAGGAGGAAGACGGUUAGGAGGGAGAGGCAUCAUGGCGGGAGACACAUGUGUCGCUCAUACCAAUCGGAGGGCAAGCCUGGGCUGCAUCCAAAUAAGCCUCCCAACCAGAACUCGCCCAGCAAGAAGCCAACCACGCCCACGGAGAAGCUGGACAGGAGGAUGACCCUCCCGUCCCGGUUCCAGAAGGAGCUCAAUGCUCACCUCUCCAGGAACCCUCAGCCACCCACCCCAUCCAGCCCCAACGAGGGCGGCCGCGGGAAGGCUGGGGGCACGCCGCAGGUCCAGGCCCACCUCAAGGAGAUCCUGGCCAAGUACAGCAACGGCUUCUGGGCCUCCAAGCUGCCCCACACCUACAAGGAGCUGUACCAGCAGGAGCUCCCCGCCGGAGUGCUCCAAGACCUGGAGGCCUGGACGCACAUCUGCACUGUAGAGAGACCCUGUAGCAGCAACCGGUCCGAGCUGCUCCUCUACCCCGCAAAGGAACCAAUUACCCCCACCCCACCACCCUCCUCCUCCUCCUCCUCCUCCUCCCCCCCGUCCUCCCCCCCAUCCUCCCCCGCCACCCCCGUGGACACUCGCACCGACAGGCCCCCAAUGCGCCCUCCCGCCCCUCCCAACCACCGGACCCCCACCUCCACCGCCCAUCCCAUUCCUCGGACCCCACCCUCCGCGGCCCCCCCAGCCCGCCCCAGCCCCCGACACCCACCUCAACCCCAGUCCCACUCUCCCUCCCCUUCCCCUUCCCCCUCCCCAUCCACCUCCUCCCCCGGCUCCCCCCCAGGCCUCACCCCCCAAGGCCUCACCCCCCCAGGCCUCACCCCUGAGCUGCGGCGGCGGCUGGAGGAGCUGCUGCAGAAGUACCCCAGCGGCCUGUGGACCCACGCGCUUCCCAAGCUCUUCAAGGACACCUACAAGACCAAAUUGCCCGGACACAUCCUGGAGAACCUUGAGCUGCUCUCCACCUUCUGCACCAUCGACUACCCCAUGCCGGACAACCCAAAGCGGGCCAUCCUGUACCGGAGGAGCAGUGGAGGAGGGGGGGGAGGAGGAGAAGGCCGUGAGGACCCCCGGCGUCGGGGCUCGGCACCGGGCGAGGAGCAGGAGGGGAAGCAGCGCGCGGAGCAGAGGGAGGCAGGGAGAUCUCGGCUGAGCGGCCGGGCCUCGCCUCCUCCUCCGCCUCCUCCGCUCCUAAUCCCCCGGGAGGAGUACCCCUCUGUGCUGGUGGUGGAGGCCAGCAACACCAACACAGUGCUGCUCAGGUACAUCGGAGAAGGCUACUCCCUGGCCCAGGAGUCCAUGGAGGACGAGAUGAGGGAGUGUUACGGCUCCUCCUCCUCCUCAUGCUCCUCCCCCGCCGUGGGGCAGCUGGCCGCCGUGCUGGCCGAGGAGGAGGAGGAGGUGCUGCGGGCGCAGGUCUGCGAGGUCAUGGGAGACAAGGUCAAGGUCUUCUACGUAGAUCACGGCUUUUCGGAAGUGAUCAGUAAAACCAAAGUGUUUGAACUCCACAAGAAGUUCUCCAAGCUGCCUUUCCAGGCCACCAAGUGUCAGCUAGCGGGCCUGGAGCCCUUCAGCCAGGAGCCCCUGGUCCUCGAGACCUUUGAGGCCAUGGCCGGCGGCAAGAUCCUAUUGGCCGAGAUCCUGGAGCGAGGCCCCGUGCCGCUGGUCGUCCUGUACGACACGUCUCAGGACGACGACCUCAACAUCAACGCCGCCUGUCUCAAGGCCCUGCGGGACAAGACACUGGCCAGCCCCUUACAGGGGAACAAGGUUUACACGAACGUGGUGGUGAGCAGCGUGUGUUCGGACGGGACCCUCUACUGCCAGCCGCCCUCCAGGGGCCUGACCCUACUCACUGAGACUCUGGAGCGCACCGAGGCCUACCUGCACUCACAGGUGACCUCGGACUUCCUGGUCUCCAGGCCCUUCUGUGGGAAGCGCUGCCUGGCACGCUACAAAGGGAAGUGGUCCCGCGUGGAGAUCACCAACCUGCACGGCAGCCGUGUGCUGGACCUGCUCUUCGUGGACCUGGGGGUGCAGGCGUCCGUGGAGGUCUUCGAGCUCCGAGAGAUCCCGCCGCAGUUCCUCCGAGACCUCACCACCAUCCCACCACAGGCCGUACGUUGCCGUCUGGCGGAGCUGGACCUGGGUCUGGGGGCCUGGAGCCCUGAGGCCGUCCAGUGGCUCCGAGAGAGGGCUCUCAGCUCCCCGAGCUGCUCCAUCAAGGUGGCCAAGGUGGAUGGCGCCAAGCGCUGCGUUCACGUGCACCUCUUCACCGACAAGAGCUCCACUGAUAACGAGCACAGCCUGAACCGCCAGAUGCUGCAGUCGCAGCUGUUUAGGCAGCAGCCGGACGCCUACCUCACCAGCCACAGGUCACUAAAGGGCAACGUGAAGGCACCUUCCCCCCCGGCAUCCUCGACCACCAAGGGCAGCGUGGAGGCCACCAACGGGAGCUCCGGGCCCCCCGCCCAGCCCCCGCUGAGGAGGACUUUAUCUGGGCUGGGCUCCAGAGGAAGAGGAGGGGACGGAGGAGGCGGAGGAGGAGGAGGGGGGAUGAGCCCCCUUGGUACUGGCUCUCCGACUCCUCUCCAGCUGCCCCCACUGUUGGAGCUCCCCCCAGUGGGCAGCAACAUGGACGCCUACGUGUCGGUGGCCUGCCACCCGGGCCACUUUGUGCUGCAGCCCUGGGGGGAGCUGUACAAGCUGGUGGCCCUGAUGGGGGAGAUGAUCCUGCACUACAACCAGACGGAGGACCCCCCCAUGCAGGUGGAGAAGCACCACAUCUAUGCCGCCAAGGUGGAGAACAACUGGCACCGGGUGCUGGUGAAGAGCGUGCUGACCAACGGCCUAGUGUCCGUGUACGAGCUGGACUAUGGCCGCCAUGAACUGGUGGGCCGCGCCCUUUUGCGGACCCUCACCCCGGAGUUCAGACGCCUCCCCUUCCAGGGGGUCACCGCCCAGCUCGCGGGGGUGCGGCCCCGGCAGUGGUCGGAGGAGGCCUCCAUCGUGUUCAGGAACCACGUGGAGAAGCGGCCCCUGGUGGCCCAGCUGGAGUCAGUGACGGAGGCAGCGUGCGCCUGGGACCGGAGGCUCAGCGUGUACCUGGUGGACACGUCGCGGGAGGAGAGCGACGUCUGGGUGCAUGACAUUAUGACAGAGGUGGCCGAGGACCUGGCCAGCGCGCCGUGAGGAGGCCGCGGGCGCGGCCGGAGAGCCACCGCCGGGCCCCGUGUCCCCCACUCGUUUGUGUGCUGCUUGUUUUGAUCCUUAAAAGAAGAGAUGGAAGUCUGAGCUGCUUCUUGUGCACCGCUGAACAUGGACGAAAGGAAGCAGAGGUUUUUAUGGGUGGGGUAUGGUUGUGUUAAGUGGAAGGGAGCUAUGGCUGAAGGUGAUGAGGUCCUCCCUGCUUUCUAGUUGUGUUCUGGGCUGUGCGCCGCUUAUCUUGUGAUUGUUGAUACGAUACACAUGCUUUGCUUUGCACAUUUAUCCACUUGACGUGGACCACACAGCGAGACCACUUUAGGUGCACACACACACACACAUACACACACACACACACACACACACACACACACACACACACACACACACACACACACACACACACACACACACACACACACACACACACACACACACACACACACACACACACACACACACACACACACACACACAUACCCCUCUGCUAGAUGAGGCUUCUAUUCCAAAAGCUGACUUAGGUUGGUGCAUCCAUGUAAUGUGUUGGCUGUCAUGCUGGUGGGGGUUGACUAGGAAUCAGCCACCCUUUGAGCCUGUGGGAGAGAGGGGUUCCCCACUGCUGGGACCACUGUGGACUCCAGACAACGCCGGACCAAAUGCAGGACAUAGCGAGAAGGGUAUUCUGGGCUAAAGAAUAAAGCGACAAAGAGGUGCCUCUGAGAUAUUGAGUGAUUCCGUUUACAGACAUCUCACCGGCCAGGAAGAUGGAGACAUGAAUGUAAACCACUUUCAGCCUUUCUCCACUUAUGCAAACCAGUCCUGUUCUGCCCGCUUUGUUUACCUGGUUGAAUAUGAACGCAUUCAUUUAUCUAACUAGAAAGAAGAUAUUCCGCGUGUUUGAAUGUGUUGGAUGGACGUUACUGACGAGUUGAGGGUCAAAUAUCCAGUUUUUAAAUGGCCGUUGGACACAAUGUCAGUUGUGGAGUUUUACGGAUUGAAGCUUAUGUCCGUAGUUUUGCUUUGGUGUAGAUUAGAAGAUGAGAUAACAUUUAGUUUAUGUUUUACCCUUUAAUAUACAUUGUAGUUUGUUAAGCAAAUGCAUGAUGAACAAUUGGAUACACAGUCAAUUCAAGAAGGUAAAUUGCAAAAUCAAUAUUAGUUGUUUUUAAGUGACCAGGAUGUGCAAAGAAAAUCUCCUUGUUUUGUAAAAGAAAAUGAAAAGAAUAUGCUGUGUUAGGGUUGAAAAAAAACUAUUUGCUGUGAAUGUGUGUUGAAGCCCAUUUCCACACUUUGUAUCUAUAUUGCCACUAUAUUUACCUCCUUUUCUCUUUCAACACUAAGGCCAAUUCGGCAUCCACUUUGUAUUUCUCUCAAAUUACUUAACUGUCUCUCCAAAUGAUGUGAAUUACUUCGUUACUGUAUAAGCUGGAGUCUCAAGACUCACAAAUUAUGCUUAGGAAUGCUCUAUGGAACAAUUUUGAAAGCAGAAUUGGCACAUAUAACUUAAUAGUAAAUAUAUUGUUUUACAGAUAGUUUUACUAUUAGAAAUUAAUAAUAUAUGAAUACGUUUGACGAUUCGGUUUGUUCCUACAACUCUUAACACGUUAAACCUUUUGCAAACGUGUUGUCACACGAAAGCAUGCGUGAAUAAAUGAGUAUAAUUGUGUUAUUUCCCCCCCGGCUUGAUAACUGCAAAUGUUUGUCAUUCUUUAAAACGACAGUCCUCGACAAAGCUGCUUUAAGCUGCAUUAUGGUUAGUAAAUUAUGAGAUUAUAGUGACAUGAGUUUGAAUUGCUGUGUUCAUUUAUUCUCUGAAUAAAAGCCCAUUAUUUAAUGGUU